UAUAAAUUCAAAACCCUAGCACUCUCAAAAUCAAAAUCGAACACUCAAAUCACAUCUAUUUUUCUCUUCAAUCAAUACUCAGAUUCAGCCAUGGGAUUUCGUCUUCCAUCGUCUUUGAUUCCUCAGGCCAAGCAAUUGCUGAAGAGGAGCUCGGGAAAUGCAUCGGCGGUUCCGAAAGGUCAUGUGGCCGUCUACGUUGGAGAGUUUCAGAGGAAGCGAUUUGUGAUUCCGAUUUCGUAUUUGAAUCAUCUUUCGUUUCAACAGCUUCUAAAUCGAGCGGAGGAAGAGUUUGGAUUUGAUCAUCCAGAAGGCGGUUUGACGAUUCCUUGUGGAGAAGAUGCGUUUAUCGAUCUCACUUCUAGAUUGCAAUCCUCUUAAAUCCAUGAAGAACUAGGACGAUUCUCGAUUUUUGCCUUUGGCUUACUCUUUUUCCUUUUUUUUUUCUUGGAGAUCCUUAUGUUGUUGCUGAUUUUUGCAUUCUGACUGAUGUUAGAAUGUUGAUGGAACCCAAUUACACUGCCUUCGGAUGUGUAAUUAGCGGUGUUGGAAUGGUGAAUUUUUCACCAAAAUUUCUAAUACAAAUACAACUUUUUUGUAUCA